UACUUGUGUGUGUUGAUUCCAGCAGUGUUCAUUGGUCAGUGAAUGGAACAAAAACCAGCAAUUUUCUCCGUGAAAUAAUAAAGUACGCCCGUUGACACCCCUCACGACGUGAAGACUUCCAAAAUCGAGCCGGUCACCAUAAGCUUAGUUAAAUGGCGGAUCAGGGUUAUUACAAUGAGGGAGGAGCAGGGCAAGGCUCGGGGCCUUCGCCUGCGGAAGACCGGCAUGAGGCCAAUGGCGCCGCUGAAGAACGGUAUCCACCCGGAUGGCAAGUUUCGCAGAUGGGCCAGGUCCCCCAAAUGGUACAAACGAUUCAGCAGUUGCCCCCCCAGUCAUACCAGUUCCAGCAGGCUGGGCAGUGGGCCGCCAGCGCCGGACAAAUGCAAGCAAUCCCGGGAUGGAGUACUUACCAGGGUCAACUGCCUGGCGGAUCCUUCCAGCAUUGUGAUCCCGACCACAUGACCAAGAAGCAGAAGGUGGCUGCAGACAAGGCGGCCAAGUUCGACGACGACAAGCCCAAGAAGCCCAAGCGGGAGACGGGUUUCACGAAGACGUACAAAUUGAGCCCGGAGUUGGCGGAGAUCAUGGGCGCGGACGCGAUGCCGCGACACGAGGUCGUCAAGCGCAUGUGGGCCAUCAUCAAGGAGCGCAAUCUCUACGACCCCAAAAACAAGCAGUUUGCCAUCUGCGACGAUCAACUCAUGAAAGUUUUUGGUGUUGAGCGCUUCCGAGCAUUUGGCAUGAUGAAGUACCUGAAGUCCCACAUCCUGGAAACGGAGAACACCAGCUAAGUCGUUCGUUUGCAGCGGACUUGUGUGUUGUACAGAGCCGCCUCCCUUAUCCCCCUUUUUUCCAGUUUUCAACGAGAGACACGUUUUUUUUUUUUUGUGAACCGUUGCGCGCCUCCUUUUUUUUGGGUUUUGUUUUUUUUUGUCAAAUGAAAGAGAAAAACUUGCGAGGAGAAAAUUUUUAAGAAUAAUAAUAACGAAGGGGUGGGAAGUUGAGAAAAGAGAGAGCGAGAGAAAACAAUUUUGAGUUCAAAAACGUUAAUAUGUGGUGGAGAUGAAGUGGCGGGGGGUGUUUGUUUGAUCCGGUUUUUUUAUGUUCUGCUUUUUUUUGUUUGUUGGGUUUUUAUCGAGAACCUGCCCCAUGAAAGGUUUUUUUUUGGCAUGAGUGCGAGUGCGUGAUUGGCUUGUAUAGGGCGAUGCCAAUUUUUUUUUGGGAACGCAGAAAUAGCUCGACGGCGAUGGAAGAAGACAAAAAAUUAAUAUUACUGAGGAGAAAAGAAGAAAAAAAAACCAGUCCCCCGUAGGCCGUACCGGACAGUUGAGCGCGUCACAGAAAAGAAGGAUUGUAUCCUCAAAUCGAUUACCGGAGAAUGCAAGUCAUCUUAAAAUCCCCCACUUCUUGACAAAUGUUUUUUUUUUGUUUCUUUUUUUUUUUCAUGACCGAAUUUGAGGUACAUUUUAAUGAAAACAAAAGCGAAUCCUCGUGGCGAAUGCAUUUGUACGAGUUGACGAUAAAAGUUAUUCUCCUCUUCCGCGAUUGAAUAUUUUGAGUUGGUGUCACGAAGUUGGUUGAUUCAAUUUGACCGGAACUGUUAAUUACGUUGAAUUUGGUCAAAUGUAUCAAUUCUCUAGUGAAGAUUUCCAUUUCGGAUAUUUGAUCGAAUCUGUUGCUGUUCUCUGUCUUUUUUAUUUUUCGCUUGUUCUGUUUUAUUUUAAGACAAUUCUGAGUACAUGCGCGCUUUUGCGACGCGCUCAAUUGUCCCGGUACCUCCUGUGUCCACCAGCAGCCGAAUUUUUCUUUGCAUUUGCGAAGGUUGAAGACUUUUCCCCCCGGGAUUUUUCGAAUUGAUUCCCCACCACUAUUUAAUUUUAUGCUUUUGACGGAAUACCUUUUUUUUUCUGGAAAUCCAAAAAGAAGAAAGGAAAAAUCCACCUCAUCGAAAACAGAAAGAAUAGGCGAUUCGGGAAAUGAAACGUCGGGCUAUUUGUAAUUUGAUCUCUGGAAUGCGGAAACGAGAGGUGGGGUAAACAAAGAAGACGGGAUUUUUAGUUUGUUUUUAAUUUCCAAAGCGCUGAGAGAGAAUUGGAAGAGAAAGAAAUCAAUUUUUUCGUUUUUAUUUGGCCUGCAAGAAGAAGAAAAAAGUACUCCAGGGUGUUUCGUCGAUCUGCGUAUUGGUUUUUUUUUUAACGGAGUGCCGACGUCAAGUAGUUUUUAUAUUUUGGAAAUUUUGUUUUGAUUUUUUCUACGAAUACUUCUUUCUUACUCGGCCAGUGCCUCUUUUGGGUUUUUACUUCUCAAAAAAAGAAAUUGGGAGAGGAAAGAAUAAUGAAAUUGUUCUUUUUUUUUGGGAGAAAAGAUUGAAGCUCUUCAGCGGAAAAAAAAAGUCUGGUGCCUGUUGGACAAGAGAGAAUUCGGAAGAAAAGCGCUGCAUUUUUUCAACAUUGGUUCUUUUUCCCGAAUUUCCGCGUUUCUUUCCGUUGAGCUGUUUUCCCCCCAUCUUCUUCUGUCAUCCCACAGUUUGUGCAGGAAAAUUAACUGAACUCGCGGAAUGUUUUGAAAUGGACUGAGUAAAAGGACAUGUUUCCGAAUGGA